AUGGCUUCUGCUACAACUCUCGCCAUUUUAAUGGCACUCGCUGCUAACGCGGUAUUCCUUGAUGCUUCUCUUCAAGAACCUUCUUCAGCAGAUACUUUGGAGUAUAAACUUGCUCCAGAUUCUUCAAUAGAAGAGUCAGUUCAACCAGAAGCUCAUAAAUCUAACUCAACAAGACACAGUGUUCAUCCUCAACCAUCUAUGCGAAGACUUCAGGAUCGUCUACCUACUGCACCACAUCAUAACAUCAACAAUCACACCCUACCUAGAUUUUAUUCAAACAACACUGUCCAUAAAAAUUCAUUAAACUCAACAUCAUUCUCACCAUUACAGCCAACAUCGCUAAUGUCAACAACAAUGGGACCACCAACAACAACAACAAGACCUAGAUACCCAAGACCUGAACCACUACCUUCUCCAUUUAAUCAUUACAUCCCAGCACCGCCUCAGCAACCACCUUUCAACUGCUACUGUCCAGGACCAGUUUCUUAUCCAAUGUACUACAAUUAUUAUCCACCACAGUACCCUUUCUUCCCAACUUACCCCAAAUCCGGGCAAAGACCAGCUCCAUAUAACAACAUGCCUAGCUCUGGUCCAUUUAAUCAAUUUCCAACCCGGCCUUCUGGGUUCUAUGACAGAUUAGAACGUCCGUCGCUCCCUGAAUUCAACAAUCAGAAUACUGGAGCACCAAAGGACCCUUUGAAUAUGUUCGAUGAACCUAGCACGACUACUGAGGCUCCUGGGUACGGUUUUCAGCUGAAGACUGUCUCGCGUAACAGGACUGAAGAAGGAUCGUCUUCACAUUAUAGCUCUAGCAGUAGUUGGUGA